GUCCAAUUUCGUACUAAUUACCCCUUUAACAUGUCACUACUCCUCCCUUUCCUGGAUUACAGCAAAUUCUAACAAAUCCUACCAGUUCAACGAGCAUUGGCAAUACGACAAUUUCGAUGAGUGCAAAUGGGUCAUGAACUAUAUCCCCGUCGUCAGUUCCGAGUGCACAGAGUAUUGCGAGGCCGAUACCUACAACUGGGGCAAAAAAUACCAUCGCCUCCGCUACCAUAUCAAGCUUUCCGGGAACGGCCAAGACCCCCGCAUCUGGUGUGACAACUUCAAGGCGAGAAUGAUGCGCAACUGUGCUGUCCCGGAACCCGACUUCUUCAACUGCAAUACCGGUAGAGCUCCAGCGUUACCUGGGCUUGAUAGCUGGGCUGCCACGCCCGCUGGAGUCGUGACAAUGCCCGGUAUCAACCUCAGAUUCGAUUUCAGCCCAGACUGGAAUCCCCGUGACGCACAACAUGACUGUGUUAGGUCGGCUAUCCGUGAAGCAACUUGCUCCGGGACGGUAUUCACCAACGGUCUUAGAUGCAUCCCUGUGUUGUAUAAGUCUCCGAAUGCUGGUGCUGCCGAGUUUGACGAGUCCUACGUACCACCUAAUUCACGAUGUCUUUAUGACUAUGAGGUUCCGGAAGAGGCAACAUGAACGAGCCUGGCAGAAGGGUAAAGUGAUAAUGUCCAAAUCAAUGCCUAUGCUUUCUGUAGCCAUGAAAGCCAUUUUCUAUUGAUAGUUCAAUAUAAUGUGCCUUUUGCGAUA